AUGAAAGCUGAAGAGGUUAUAAGAGGCAAGUCAAGUGCUGCGCCACGCAGCACACGCGCAGAGGUUUUGUACCAACUAUCAAUCUGGUCCGACUUGACUCCAGCCUCCGCUGCCACCCAUCGCCGGUCGCCUUCGUCGUUCCCCUCUGCAACGUCCAUCGCCUACGCCGCUUGCUGCUGCCCUCGAUCUUCACAGGGACAUCCGAAAGCCGCUUCUUUGAAAACCGUCCCAUUAUUGUUUCCAGAGCUUUGUGCAGAACUCUUUGAUGGAAGCAGUGCAUCUGGUAAUCUCAGCUAUGCCACAUCCCAAACACCAUCGGGAUCAUCUUCUUUCCAUGGCGCACCAUUACAGCUUUUGGACGCCCCUUCCAUUAACAUAGAUGAAGAUGAUUUUUUUUCCAAUCAUACAAGUGAACAUUUUACUCAGACUCCACCUUCUGCUGCUUCACCUUCUGCUGAUUCACCUUAUGCUGCUUCACCUUCUGGUAACCCCAACAAAAGGGCUAAACCUUCAACUCCUAGACCGCGAGCUCCCAGUGCCUCACCUGAUCCACCUUCUUGUGCCUCGCCUAAAGCUUCUAUUACUGCUGAUGAUUUAGCACUGGAGAUGCGAAAAGCUCUACGCCAUUUGACUCAAGGGCCAACAAUUCCCCAGUGUUUAGAGAAGCUUGAGUUGCUCGAGUUAGACCCAAUAGACCCUAUACGAUUUGCUGCGUAUCACAUUUUUGGAGGGACCAUGAAUAUUAGAGAGAUGUGGGUAAAUUUGCCUAAUGAUCCACAAAUAUUAAGAGGAUGGAUCGAGAUGACAGCUACAAGUUUAGGAGUUUUAAAGGAUGGAAAGAUUGUUCGUUAA